ACGAUCAACAAAGCAGGAAAUGUAUCUAGAAAACAGCCAUAUAUCACGUUUCAGUCAUUCAGAAAUUAACCAUGUACUGUUUGUGUAACGGAUUAUGGAGUUUUAUAAAGCUGUGGAUGGUCUGUGUGUCUAUUUUCAUAAACCAUGGAUUCGCUGGUAAAAUGAAGAUAGUUGAGGAGCCAAACACAUUUGGGUUGAACAAUCCUUUUCUGGCUCAGGGAAGCAGACUACAGCCCAGAGUGACCCCAUCUUCAGUGUCUGGCCCAGUCCAUCUUCAUCGGCUUGCUGGAAAGUGCUUCAGUCUCACAGAGUCAACGUAUAAAUAUGAAUUCUGUCCAUUUCACAAUGUCACCCAACAUGAGCAGUCAUUCAGGUGGAAUGCUUACAGUGGGAUACUGGGGAUCUGGCAGGAGUGGGAAAUAGCAAACAACACUUUCACAGGAAUGUGGAUGAGAGAUGGGGAUACUUGUGGAAACAGAAACAGAGAAACAAAGGUGAUUUUUGUCUGCAGUGCAAGUAGCAAGCUUGCACAGGUCUCAGAGCCCAGUACUUGUGUGUACUCACUAACCUUUGAGACCCCACUUGUUUGCCAUCCACAUUCUCUUUUAGUGUAUCCAACCCUGUCUGAGAAACUGCAAAGGGAAUGGGAUGAAGCUGAGCAGGCUCUGUAUGAAGGUCUUAUUACUGAGCAGGGAUACAAUAAUCUUUUGAAGGACAUUUUUGAAGAUGCUGGUCUCCUGAAGAGCCAAAAAGUGAAGGCCAAGGUUCCAGAGGUUGAAGCCAAUUCAGAAACACACAACUCUUUACAGAAAUGUACAGAGGACUUCCAAAAACAGAGAGAAGAGAUUGAGAGGCUGCGUGCUCUCCUUACUCAACACAAUAUUCCUUUUGAGUCAGAGCCAAAUGAAGCAAAAGGUACAGCAAGUGUGACAGUUAAGGAUCAACACCUAAGGGGAGACACCGGCCUCUUUGAUCUGCAGUGAAAAUCACUUGGAGCUUGUCACAGCCUCCGUUUAAAAGCACCUGGCUGGAUUUUGUUGGUCACGACAGAGACGCUCACCAAACAAUAUUCCUGUGCACUAAAAGUUCACUUGAACUAGUGACAAUGAAAAAAAAAGAACUGCAAGUUUUUUUUGUUUUUUUUUUCAAGAGAAGUU